ACGGAAAGCUUCCGUUCGACGUGGAGGCCGUGCCUGUGCACGUGGGAGCCAUGUGGCGCGGUGUCGGGGACAUUACGCUGAGUUGGGUUCGACGUCGAAUUUACGACGCCGACGCCGGCUUCACAACAAUCACUUCAACACCUCCCACACAACCAACCACCAACAAUGUCUCGAGGACGGGGUCGCGGCCGCGGCCGUGGCGGGUCCGCGUCGGCGCGCGACAACAUCCACGCCGCAUUCGUCGGCAUGAACAAGGACGAGCUCGGCGCCAUCUUCGAGAGCUUUGGGCGGCCCGUCAAGGGCAGCGGCAUGCUGUAUCCUCCCCUCGAAACCGCGACUGAGCUGCCCGGCCCAACACCCCUCGAGGACCGUAUCAUCGCGCAGGCGUCCACGCUCAACCGUGACCUGGUCGACGGGCCGGUCGGCGCGAACGGCACGCGCCAGCCCGCGCCGUGGCGGCUCGCGUCGGAACGCAAGGUGGUGGGCAUCGAGAUCGAGUCGUACUCGGACCGGUAUCGGCGGCCUACGGCGACAACGGCGGCAGCGUCGGGCGGGGGCGGCGGCGCGACGGCGAUCGACGCGGCCGCGCUGCACCUCAACGAGGGGCUGUUCCCGCCCGCCCUGUGGGCCGAGUACUUUGCCCCGCAGGCGGCGAGCGCCAAGGCCAAGGAUUUGGCCGAGAAGGCGCGCGCGCGCAAGCGCCGCCGUCUGCUCGAGGGCAAGGACGACGACGACGACGCCGAGAAGAGCGAAAAGGACAGCGAGGGCGACGACGAGGACGACUUUGAUUUCGACGACGAAGAAGAGGAGGACCACCAGGACUAUGACCAUAAUUACUUUGAAACUGGCAGUGCGGACGACGACGAUGGAGGCGAGCCCGACGGCGAUGACGAGGGCAACCGCCGCUACGAUGACUAGGCCUGAGCCGCGUCUUGCUGCUCCACUCGCCAUCAUGUCACAUAAACUUCAGUCACACCGCAUAUCAUACACUCAUGCCUUUCAACGGCCCACACACUACACCUGCUCCCAGCCUGUACUCUUAUGUUGGAUGCACACAUACAUCC